AUGGACGAGUUUCUUUUGCUCAGAAAACGUGGCUACAACGUACUCAAAGGCAUUGGGGAAGGCUCGUUCUCGAAAGUAAAGUCGGCCUAUUCCGAGCGCCACAAAUGCCACGUUGCGAUCAAAAUAAUCAACAGGAAAAGGGCAUCUGCAAAUUUCUUGGAAAAAUUCUUGCCACGAGAACUUGAGAUCCUUCCAUCACUCAACCAUCCUCACAUCGUGAAGACCUUCGAGAUCUUCGAAACUCUCGAGGGCAAAGUGUACGUCAUCAUGGAGCUUGGCGUACAAGGGAACCUCUUGGAAUUCAUCAAGACCAGGGGAGCUCUGGCGGAGAACCUGAGCAGAAAACUUUUUCGACAGCUGUCGCUCGCAAUACAAUUUGCGCACAACCGGGACAUUGCUCAUCGAGACCUGAAGUGCGAGAACCUACUUUUGGACAGGGACUUCAAUCUGAAGAUUUCGGAUUUUGGAUUCAGCAAGAGGGUAACGUACGACGAAGGCGGACAAAUGAUUCUAAGCCGGACUUUCUGCGGCUCGCUGGCCUACGCCCCUCCCGAGAUUCUCCAGCACGUCCCCUACAACCCCAAAGUUUACGACAUCUGGAGCAUGGGCGUUAUACUGUACACGAUGUCGUACGGGAAAAUGCCGUUUGACGAAUCCAAUUUGAUGAAAAUGCUCGAGAUUCAGAAGGAGCACCGAUAUGAGUUCCCCGUCAAAGCCGUGCCUUCUGACUGCAAAAACCUGAUAUACCGUAUGCUUGACCCGGACGUGCAGAGGCGGAUUCAUAUUGAGGCCGUACUGGGUAGCUCUUGGCUGCAGGACAGACGAAAACAGCACGACGCGAGUGUCAUGAGUGACGGACCGUCCACUUCAGAGGCCCACCCGAACAAAGAAGGCCUUGCACACCAAGCAAAUACACAAAAAGCCGAAGCAUAG